AUGACCGUCUUUAUAUUCACUAGUAUCGGUGCUGCCAUUGGUAAUGAGAACAACACCGGACCCGACCAGGAAGUGAAGGAGUCCCUGGCUUUUGGCCUGGCCAUCCUAAAUACAGUCACGGCAAGUCAAGGUUUUGGCAUUGAGUUUAUGGCCACCUUCCAGCUGGUUCUGUGUGUCCUAGCGACCACAGAUAAAAGGAGAAGGGACGUCACGGGCUCUGCCAUCCUGGCCGGGGGCCUUUCGGUGGGCCCGGGACGUCUGGCAGCUGUGUACCGGCUGGGGCCCCUGAUAGGGGAAGGGGCUGCAGUCCUGGAUUACAACUUCUUCCCGUCCCCCAAAUACGGAGAUUACUCAAAUCGCAGGGACACAGGAACCCUGCCCCCAUAA